CUGCUUGUUAUUGAGGAAGUUCUUUUAACCUGUUUCUGUGCUACAGUCCUUUUACAGAUGCAAUUUUAAUUUCUAUGGUUUUUAAGGUGUUAUUCUAAACCAUGGCAAGAAUUGAUUCUAACAAUGAGAUACGGAAAAGGCUGUCCGAGUACAAGCCAGGGUGCACCCGAAAUAUCCAAGGAUAUUGGUGCAGGCGGGUUUGCCUGCAGCUCUAUGGAUUAUCGGGACAUGGCAAGUCCUCGUUUAUUAACACCUGUCUGUGUGUGGUGGAAGACAAAGAACAUGAGAUGGUGGCUUUUUCUUUUGAAACGGAGGGUCCCAUCACAUUGACAAGAGAUGAUUAUAAACUGGGAGGCUUGUAUAUCACUGAUAACCGGGGACUUAACAAACUACAUCCGGAGGAAUAUCUAGAGAUGGCAGCUCAGUUUGCGCACCUACGAUGUCAUGGGGACGUGGAAUGGGAAAACGGUCUGGAAAACACGUUUGAAACACUUCGAAACAGAAUUGAUAGGUGCCACACGGAGAUCAUUGUGCCCGUAUUUGUGUAUAGCGCAAAAUAUGAUUUUACAAAACGCAGACCAGAUGAAAUUAGCCCUUUUAUCAGAGAAGCCUGCCGCAUUACAGGCAUCUUUCCCCUUAUUGUGCUUACACAUUGUAAAAAAAUAAACACUGAUAUGGUGUGCGAACAAUUUCGAGAGCUUGGAGCCAGCUACAUCAUGAGUAUCGAGAACUACACGGCUAAAAACCCCAGACGUAAUGCUGAGACGGACACCAAAAUCCUGGACUUCCUGGACGUCUGCAUGAAGAAAGCCGAUCAAGCGAUCGACAUCAAGCAGCACGAAAAUAAUAACAUAGAAUUUUUUAAUGAAGCCAUGAGACAGGUCAAGGCAUUGGUUAAGGACAAACUCAAAGAAAAAGAUGCCAAGAUACAGGAGCUGCAAAAGGAAAUAAAAAUCGAUGAAGGAGUAUAUUUGAUAAUUCAAUCGGAGAGAGCAAAACUGAAAGAAGAGAUUAAUAGCCUAAAGAACCAUAAAGAGAAGUAACAAAAAAAAAAGGCCCAAUCCCUACUUUACAUUUUUAUGCAAAAUGGCUUCCAGACACAGCUUACUGAACACAAAAUGGCUGCCGUAUUAAAAUCAGGCUCCUGACAGAAUUCUGUGUAAUUAGUAUUUCCACUCUCAGGCUCAUAUUCUUACAAUAGCAAUUACUUCAUCUAGAGCAGGCUUCCCCAAACUCCGGCCCUCCAGAUGUUGCUGAACUACAACUCCCAUGAUUCUAUGAAUGAAAUAGAUAGUCUGAGAAUCAUGGGAAAUGUAGUUCAGCAACAUCUGGAGGGCCGGAGUUUGGGGAAGCCUGAUCCAGAGGAUAUUUAUUGUUUCACCCAGCUUCCCCAGUGAAUGCACCAUAUUUACUGCCCUGGCUGUAACAAAAUACUGUACUUUUUUGUUUUCUGAAAUAUGAAGCAUGUGUCUUCAGUACAACAACUGAGGUGCUUCCUGAGUCAGUGCUGCAUGGAGAUGCUGAAUAUUCCUCGUAGAGAUGUAUUGAUUCAAUGAAUCUCUAUGAGGAGAUGCUGAUUGGUGGAGCGCAGCGUUUUGCCGCACAUGCGCUUUAGCCUCCCAAUGCUUUCCUAUUAGAGACAAUUGGAUUGGUGGAGAUUGUCA